AAAAUUUUUCAUGCAAUUGUUGCACCACGUGUCAAUACAACCCUAAAAAAUAUAGGAGAGUUUCGAAUUCAAAACAAAUAAAAAUAAACUUCUAACAUAUCUUGAUUAGUUGUAGAGAAAUUAGUCGUACCACAUAAGAUUUACAACGAUGGUAGCGAAUAUAGUAGGGAGGAACUCAAUUUGCUAUAACUCAAACCCCCAUUUGAGUACCCUUAUAAGAUACCUUAAAUUAACAUGAUCUGCACAAUUGAUCUUCACAUGUUGACCAAUCCAAAGCACUUUGCGUCUCUUCUAACUAACUGCAUUGAAACCAAAAACCUAAACUUUGGCAAAAUCCUUCACUCACACUUCAUUAAAACCUCCCUCAUUUUCAACUCCUUCGUCUCAAACCGGCUUGUUGAGUUAUUCUCCAAAUGCGACGCCAUUGAAAGUGCCCAAAAAGUUUUUGAUGAUCUUCCUAACAAGAAUAGUCAUUCUUGGAACACUAUGAUUUCUGGGUAUUCUAAAUGUGGUCUCUUUGGUAAUGCACUCCAACUGCUUGAUAAAAUGCCUCAACCAUAUAUUGUCAGUUACAAUUCUGUGGUUGCUGGUUUAUCCCAUCAUGGGUUUUAUAAAGAGUCUAUAUACUUUUUUAAGAAGAUGCAGAACAUGUAUAGUGGGUAUGGGUUGUUCUUGGACGAGUAUACGAUUGUUAGUGCUGUUAGUUGUUGUGCUGUUUUGGGUGAAAUGAGAUUGUUGCACCAGCUUCAUAGUGUGGUGGUUGUGCUUGGAUUAGAGUAUGAUGUUGUAAUAUGUAAUGCUUUGAUUGAUGCUUAUGGCAAAUGUGGUUAUCCUGAUUUGUGUUAUUCGAUAUUUACUCGAAUGCCUGUACGAGAUGUUGUGUCCUGGACCUCGAUGGUUGCUGCAUAUGUUAGGUCAUCUAGGAUGGAAGAUGCCUGCUUGGUUUUUAAUCAUAUGCCACUGAAGAAUUCAGUAUCUUGGACAGCAUUAAUAACGGGGUUCUCUCAGAAUGGGAAAGGAUUGGAAGCUCUGCAUCUCUUUGAUCAGAUGCGGCAGGAUGGAUACCCACCUAGCGCGUUUACAUAUGUUGCCCUGCUAGGUGCUUGUGCUGAUUUACCACUACUAGAGAAAGGGAGACAACUUCAUGGACAUAUCAUCAGAUUAAACACAAGAGUUCCUUUGUUGAAUUCGUUUGUCUAUAAUGCUUUGAUUGACAUGUAUUGCAAGUGUGGAAACAUGAGAUCAGCAAAGCUGCUGUUUGAGAGGAUGCCAGAAAGAAAUGAUGUUUCUUGGAAUUCUAUAAUAACUGGGUUUGCUCAGAACGGACACAAUGAAGAAUCACUUGAAAUGUUUGAAAGGAUGAUUGUAGGAAAAGUAAAGCCUAAUGAAGUCACAUUUCUUGGAGUGCUAUCUGCUUGUUGCCAUACAGGUCUAGUAGAGGAAGGCAUGAAGAUUCUUGACUUGAUGACAAAGCACGGUUUGAAGCCACGAUCAGAUCACUAUGCAAUCAUGAUCGAUUUGCUAGGAAAGAAAAACAGACUCAAUGAGGCAGUAGAGUUGAUUGAAAGAGCUCCUGGUGGUUCUGAUCAUGUUGGAAUGUGGGGGGCGCUUCUAAGUUCAUGUCGGGUCCAUGGUAACACGGAUCUUGCUCGUAAGGCUGCAGAAAUGCUCUUUACUUUGGAGCCAAGUAAUGCUGCUAGAUAUGUGAUGCUAUCAAAUAUUUAUGCAGCAGGUAAAAGAUGGGAUGAUUCCCGACAAGUUAGAAGGCUUAUGGGUGAGAAAGGAUUGAGAAAAGACGCGGGCUUUAGUUGGAUAGAAGUGAAGAAUAUCAGACACGAAUUCGUGGCCAAAGACAGGUCACAUUGUUGUCGAGAACAUAUAUAUGAAGUAAUUCAUGGGAUGGUAGAUCAAAUGAGCGAAGUGGGAUAUUCUCCUUGUGUUGAGAUAGGCCUUGAAAAUGAUGAAUUGUGUGAUUAUGAUUAGGUUAAUAUUUAAACAGAACUUUUGAAGUUGUAAGUGCUAUAUCAUUCUGAGAAGACCUCAGGUAAUCAAUCGCGAAUUCUACAAUAUUGCAAUGAGGAGGGAGCUCGAGACCCAUCUGGCAGAGUUUGGACCCUAGCCGAUCAACUGUGCCAUGGUGUAGAAUUGUGCCAUUUGCUAAUAGAACGAUGGAAUUAAACAGCUUCACAAUCCGAAACCCAGGUUGAUGAAUGCUUAAAAUGAUGGUUCUCCCCCUUCUUUCUGCCAUAUUUUUCAGCAUGUCAAUGAUUUGCAAUGCCGAGGUACUGUCUAGCCCUGAUGUUGGCUCAUCCAGGAUUAGCACCUUAGGGUCAUGGAUCACAUCAACACCAAUGGAGACUCUCCUUCGCUCUCCUCCGGAAACUCCACGUAUACCAUCAUUUCCCACCCGAGUUUUAGCCACAUGAUCUAUUCCCAACUCUUGCAUUAGUGACUUCACUCUGGAGCUUAAUUCAGAAGGUGGGAGUUUGAGCUUUAAUUUGGCACUAAACAUGAGUGUUUCUUCUACUGUAAGUAGUGGGAAAAGCAUGUCCUUUUGAGUAACAAAGCCUGAAAUUUUGUUAAAGGUAGCCUUUUCAAUAGCAUUGCUGUUAAUGAAGAUUGAUCCAGCUUGUGGGGUGAGCUUGCCUGCUAGUAUUUCAAGCAAGGAUGAUUUCCCGGCACCACUUGGCCCCACGAUAGCGAGGAUUUCCCAUGGUUUUGCUCUGCAAUUCACCUGAUUUAGUACUGUUCUCAUACCAGAAGAAGAAGAAGAAGAUGAUGAAGAUGAUGUUUGAUUACCAUGUUCACCAUUCUGUUUCUUGAAGAUGCUAAAUGAGUUCUCAUUGUUAUGACUGUAUAUUUUGUAGGUAAUGCCUACUGCUUCAAUCUCACACCCUUGCUUCUUCAUUUAGCUUUAUUAUCUAGAAGAAGAAGAGUAGGUGCUAUCUCUCUCUCUUUGUCCUCUGUAAGUACACUUGUGUUUUUCUAUUGUCUAAAGUUUGUUUCUUCAA